AUGGUAGUGUCCACGUUAACUUCUGUUGUUUUUCCUCUCCAGAAUCCGUACAUCUACCCGGUGACGUUUGCCAACACCAGUGAGUUGUCUGCUCUGGUCAUCAGGAUGUUUAAUGAAAAAGGCACUCUGAGGGAUCUCAUAUGUAAGGUGAAGCCUAAAGAGGCCUUUAUGAGGAAGUACUGUAGCCCCAAGAAGAUCCAGGGACUGGAGCUGCAGCAGAUCAGGACGUACGGACGACAGAUUCUGGAGGUUCUGAGGUUCCUCCAUGACAAAGGUUUUCCGUACGGUCACCUCCAUGCCUCUAACAUAGUGAUAGAAGACAACACGUGUAAAGUACUGGACAUAGAGAACAGCCUCCUGGGCCUGCCCUCGUACUACCGGCCCUACAUCACACAGUUCAGGAAAAUCAACACGACAGAGAGUAUAGACGUAUACUCGUUUGGACACUUACUGUAUGAAAUGACGUACGGAAGACCUCCUGAUGCUGUGCCUGUCGACCAGUACCCUGCUGUGACUUACACCUCAGUGGUGUCUGUGCUGCAAUCCAUCCUGUCCACAGAUGCCUGUAAGACUGGGAUGC